GGCGACAUGGGCACCACUCGUCGGGCUGUGCGUGCUCAACCGUUCAUCCGUCCACAGCCAUGUUGGGCUGUACAUGACAUGACGCGCAAUUGUCCUGCGCUGGCCAGAUCGCUCGCACCUCACCAUGGUCUACUACGGCGUGCUGAGCAAAGGCUGUCAGCGCUGCCGCAGACGCAAGGUCAAGUGCGAUGAGCAGAAGCCGGGUUGCUUGCGCUGCCACAAGUCCGACGUGCCGUGUCCGGGAUAUCGCGACCCGGACACUGUGCGGUUUAGAGACGACACCAGGCGAACGAUGCUCAAGGCCAGAGGGCGGCGGACGCAGGCGUCAGAUGGGACUCAAGUCGGCGGGCAAGUUGUGUUGAGCCCGUGUCUGUCCGCACGUGCUUCUGGGAACGGCAGCGGGAGUUCCAUUCCCCCAGCCAUACCUGUGUCCCACCACGAGCUCAGCGUGAGCUUCUAUUUUGCCAAGUAUGCAUUUCACGAGGUUCCACUCUCCGAAGCCUACCGAAGCUGGCUCACAGGGUCGUACCAUGACGCCCCAGUCCUGAGCGCUGCCAUCGAGGCUGUCGGGAUGGCUGGCCUGGCAAAUGUCUCACUCGCACCCCAUCUUGAGAUUCAAGCAAGGAAACGCUAUUCUGAAGCACUGGCUUCCACUCAGAAAGCAUUGAACGAUGCAUCUAGCGCGGCUGACGACACCACACUGAUGGCUGUGAUCCUGCUGGGCUUGUUCGAGACGUUGAGCUUCCGCGGCGGCGACCAGUAUUGCUGUUGGGAGACGCACGUUAAAGGUGCCUUGGCGCUGCUUGAGAUUCGCGGACGGGAGCAGUUCGCUCGCGAGCGCGGGGGCCAGCUCUAUACCCAGAUUCGCUCCCAGAUUCUGUCAGUUUACAUGCAGCGGAGCUCGGGCGUGCCGAGGGCACUUGAACGGGCGGCACGCAGCUUCCAGACAAGCAGCCUCAGGCAACGCUGGCGGAGAAGCAACAUUGCCACUCCGAGCUCAAUUUUUGAAAUUUCGUUUCGAAUCGUAAACCUGCGUGCCGCAAUGCUCGGCAGAGACGCGCAGCUGGACCGAAAAUCUGCUAGGGAGGCUGCGUUGGAUAUUGACCGGGAGCUCCAAGCGUGGAAGGAGUCCUUGCCGGGAGAGUGGAACUACCAAGAUGAAAUCCUCGACACUGCUUUGGAUGACGGCUUUGGUGGGAGGAGGCACGCUUAUCCUAGCCUAUGGAAUGCCGAGGUGUGGAAUAAUUGGCGUCUUGUCCGAGUGCUCGUCAGCCGCGUCCUCCUGGACACCAGCACAGAGAAUGAUGACGAGCCAAAACCGGGAUCAAGCGUGGCCAGUAUUGUCUCAAGGAUCCAGCAGCUUUCCGAAGACAUUUGCAUAUCGGCCAACGCUUUGAUGGAUACGUCACGUAUCCUCUCGCUCAUUCGGCCGCUGUGCGUCGUCGCCAUGGAAGAGCCGAAUAGAACAAAUGUACGAUUCUACGCCGUCGACCGGUUGCGUCGAAUUGGGUCGUUGAUGGGCGUGAGGCAAGCGGUGCUGCUGGCCGAUACGGUGACGCGCAGCCUUGAGGAGUCGCUGCGGGACGAGUCGACAUGCCAUUCCACUUGCUGGGACGUGCCCUUGAUGCCAUUCUGUUAGCAAUAAAGCGAAGCUUGAAAAAAAAAAACGGCCGUCGUCUUCGGACGGCGCGGCUCAGAGUGGGCGAGGACACAGUCGAUGUUGUCUGGAACGGUUUGGAGCGAGCUGAAGCAGGCGCUCUGCCACUUGGCAGACAUCAAUCAGCCCAUGGCGGGGACUCUCAACGAGAAGGCCAAGACGGUAGCGUCGGUCCAAGAGUCGAGCAACGUCUUGGAGUGACAAUGGUACCAUCUCCAGCGUCGCCUGUUUGCUGGGCCGGGCCAAUGAAUGUCGCUGAGGUCCGCCGAGGCCCCGGCGGUGCUCGGCUUGCAAGUCGUCGACGGGCGGCGAGUGGGAGGAAGCAGGGGAGCAAUUCGAGUUGGUGGCUCGUAACGGCCCAAAAGCAAAACGCCAUGGCUAGAGAAGCCCCCUACGUCGUCGGGUCGGCAAGCAAACGACAAGCACCACGUAGCUUGAUGGCAUUGUGCCACUUCGCAGGCCACGCGACGGUGGCAAAGAAUCACCGGCCCCUUCCGAAGCGACCCCAACGGUUCUCUCUCUCCAGUCUUGGCGUCGGCGGCGUUGGCAGCCAGCGGCAGGGCGAGGAAGGGCAUCACGGUACUCCCUGUACAUAUCCUCGAUUUCUACGUGGGCCCCGCGCAGGCGUGAAUCGACCCUGGACGUGCCGUUUUGGAGUCGAGGAACGGGGGUCCGAGGGUCUAGACCGCGUCAACCCAUGUCGCGAACGAGGCAAGAGAAGGCGGCAGAAGACGGUCGCAAGUCAUGACAUCACCGUGGGCCACCCACGAGCACGCAGGAGAGGCCCCCGUCCCUGCAAGCUGUCGAACCCGCAGUGCUGUGUCUGCGCCACAGCUGCAGAGUGGUGCCUUGACAGGACGCCC